CAAAUGCUAUAAAAGUUAGAAACGUGUAUACAUAUGUUUGUCGUUUGUAACUUUAGAGACGGUCCCUAAAUUUGCGAAUCUCGCACGUCCAUCAUCAAGCCAACUGCACUACAGCCAGUAACAAUGCGAUCACAUACAGUGUCCUACAGACAUUAUAUUGCCAAAAACUGUGUACUGUGUCUGCUGUGUCCGUUUGGAAAAGUACUGGAGAUGUUUUGAGCAGAACGCCUUUGUCCAGAUGGAGGAGUAACUUUGGAAGUCUUGGGAAUAAUCUGUGAAGAUCGGUUCCUCCGGGGCAGCAGAGGGCGCUGUGACUGUGUGAUCCCGCGGAAGAUCGAGUCCUCGCGGCUUCAACGCUCCGCUGAGUUAGCACUAGUUAGGUGGCAGGUUAUGUCCUCUGCGGACUGGGUUGAACUGGUUUUCGUUGUGUCUGUUAAGUGGCGGCAGGACCGGGGUCACAUGACCACUCUGAAGAUCAGCCGAAGACUGUGACGGACACAGAGAAGCUGCUCACAAGAUGUUGAGCAUAAAAGCGCAGAUGGAUGUGAUCUGCUGUAAAUCAGUAGGAACUGAUCUGUCCAUGCUGGAUAUUGAGGAUUUCAUCAGUGAAAUCUGUCAGCUGAAGAAAGAGGUGGCGUCACUGGAGGCAAAGCUGAGAGAAAGAGGAGACAAACCCAACAGAGAGGAUCUGGAGAAGAUUUCAGUGUGUGUGACUGAUGGGACAGAAGCUCAGGAUUCAGUCUGGAGAUCCAGAGACACACAGGACUCAGAGCUCAGCCUCACUUUACUGUGUUAUACUGACGCUCAGGAUCAUGGAUCCGCUGAUCAAACCUCUGACUGUAACGCUGGAGAACAGCAGAUGCUGCAGACGCCGCUGAAGAUGUGCUCCGUCAAACUGGUGGACUGCAGGAACCUGAUAGAGAGCAGAGGAGAAAAAACCACAGCAGAGGAACAACAACAGAGACACGAGGAGGAGGAGGAGGAUGAUCAGAAUAUUAAUGAUGAUGAUGAAGAUCAGAUUGAUGAUUAUAAUGAGGAGGAGGAUGAAGGGAAUAAUGAGGAUGAUGAGGUUACUCCUCCAGAUGAAAAAACGGCCUCGACAUCAUCAGAGCGACUGACGGACAAGAGUUUUUCCUGCGGUCAAACAUUGAGCUCACAGAUGAAUUUAGCAGACCACGAGAGAACACAAGCAGAACAGAAAGACUGCAGGAGAUGCGACAUCAGCUUCCCUUCCUCGGAAGAGAGGAGACGUCAAUCCAAAGAGCACAAGGAGUUUGGCUGCGAACAGUUUUCCGUGUCGUCUAGUCUGAAAGUUCACAUGAAGACGCACAUCGGCGAAAAGCCUUUCCGCUGCAGCGAGUGCGACAGGUGUUUCAGCGCUAAAGGGAAUCUUGAUGCUCAUAUGAGAAUCCACACGGGAGAAAAGCCGUACAAGUGCCCUCACUGCGAGAAGAGCUUCAGCCACAAACCCCAUCUGAAGAAGCAUGUGCGCGUUCACACUGGAGAGAGGCCGUACCAGUGCAGCGAAUGUGGGAAAACCUUCGGGAACUCAACUGUUCUGAAGACGCACCACAGAACACACACCGAGGAGAAGCCGUAUCAGUGCAAACACUGCGAGAAACGAUUCCGACAGGCUUCUCAUCUGCAGUGUCAUGAGAGGAUCCACACCGGAGAGAGACCGUACCUGUGCUCCGACUGCGGGAAGAGCUUCUCCGACCCGCGGCAUUACCGGGUUCAUCAGCAUCUGCACAAGGGGGAAAAGCCUCACGACUGCUGCGUCUGCGGGAAGAGUUUCAGUCAGAUCUCAACCCUACAGAAGCACCAGAGGAUCCACACGGGAGAACGACCGUUCAAGUGCUCUCUGUGCGACAAGUCCUUCGCUCGAUCAGACGUCCUGAAGGUCCAUGAGCGAGUUCAUACAGGAGAGAAACCUUACCACUGCUCCAUCUGCGGCGAGAGAUUCGCUUAUUUAGGAAGUUUUCAGAUCCACCAGAAGAAACACGCUGAAGAACAAACCUGAAAUCAUCAUCGCAGCUUCUGUUUUCCGUUUCAAAGAUUCACUUUUUGAAAAUAGUUGGGAUAUCUGGAGUCGACAUUGCUGUCAUAGCACUGUAUAGAUGAAUCAGUUGAAUAAAUUGCAUUAUAUUAGAAUAUAUUUAUGAUUUAGAGUCUUUGAACUCAUUUGAUAUUUUAAUGACACUGUAAAUUGAGCUUGUUUUAGUGUUCUCAGUGUAACUUUAUUAAGCAACAUGUAAACUAACAGAAAGGACACUGCUGUCAUAUACUGAAAAAACAAGACUUUGAAAUUAA